CUUUGUGGGAGUCUGCGGAGCAGUAGAGGACAGUGCCAACUGUGAGAUGUUGGGCAGCCCAGAGUUUCCUCUGUUAUCCAAGGAAGGAGAUAUCACUGUUGGAGGAGCUUUCUCCAUCCAUAGCCAAGUAUCAAAGCCUUUGCUCUCCUUCACAAAUGAUCCAGAAUCUCUCACAUGUUCGAGGAUCAAUUUUAGGGAAUUUCGUUUUGCCCAAACGAUGAUUUUUGCCAUCGAGGAGAUUAACAAUAGCAGCUCUCUGCUGCCUAAUAUCUCAAUUGGUUAUAAGGUAUAUGACAGCUGUGGUUCAACAUUGCCUUCAAUGCGUGCAGUGAUGGGUCUGAUGAACGGGCAGGAAAGGACUUUCGAUAAAACUUGCUCAGGGAAGUCAUCUGUUCAUGCCAUCAUCGGGGCCUCUGAGUCCUCCUCAACCAUUGCGAUGCUACAAAUAUCAGGCGUUUUCCAAAUUCCGGUGAUCAGCCACUUUGCAACAUGUGCAUGUCUGAGUAACAGAAAGGAAUAUCCCUCCUUCUUCAGAACCAUUCCUAGUGAUUACUAUCAGAGCAGAGCCAUUGCAAAACUGGUAAAACAUUUUGGCUGGACAUGGGUUGGUGUAGUCAGAAGUGACAAUGACUAUGGCAACAAUGGCAUGGAAACAUUUAUCACAGCUGCAAGCCAUGAAGGGGUCUGUGUUGAGUACUCUGAGGCCAUCUCAAGGACUGAUCCCAGUUGGCGGGUUGAAAGGGUGGUCAGAGUAAUCCACGGCGGCACUGCAAGGGUCUUAGUUGCCUUCCUCGCCCAGGGCGAGAUGGACAUUCUGCUCGAGGAAGCUCUGAGGCAGAAUCUGACUGGGCUGCAGUGGGUGGGCAGUGAGUCCUGGAUUACGGCAGGUCAUCUGGCCAUUGAAAGGUUCUCGGGAAUCCUAACAGGGUCUCUGGGCUUCGCCAUCAGAAAAACACAAAUCACAGGCCUGCGAGAGUUUCUUUUGAAGGUUAACCCAAGUCAAAACCCACAUAGUGAUCUGCUGAGAGAGUUCUGGGAAGCCACAUUUGGUUGCAGUUUCAAAUCCAAAUUGUAUGUUCAGAAGCAGUGCUCUGGCUCUGAGAGACUAGAGGACAACAGCAAUCCUUUCACAGAUGUGUCACAGCUAAGGAUAUCUUACAAUGUGUAUAAAGCUGUUUAUGCUGUGGCUCAUGCAAUGCACAACAUGUUAAGCUGUGGACCAAAUGAUGAAGCUGGGUAUCAGUCGUGUCAAUGGAAAGAUAAUUUACAGAUGAAAGAGGUUAUGAAACACCUCCAAGAUGUGAAUUUCACUCUUCCGUCAGGCGAAAGUGUACAUUUUGAUGUAAAUGGGGAUCCUGCAGCUAUUUAUGAGCUGGUGAACUGGCAAGGAAACCAAGCAGGAGAAAUCAAGUUUGUGGCUGUAGGGAGCUACGAGGCCUCGAUACCAAAUGGAGAACAGUUCGUCAUGAAUGAACCGAGCACAACAUGGGCCUCUGAAUCCCAACAGAGGCCACAGUCUGUCUGCAGCGAGAGUUGUCUGCCAGGUUUUCGGCAGGCUGUGAUUAAAGGAAAACCCAUCUGCUGUUUUUCCUGCAUCGCCUGUGGUGCUGGAGAGAUCAGCAACUCCAGCAAUCCAGGAGAGUGUUCCCACUGUCCACUGGAGUACUGGUCAAAUGGAGAUCACAGCCAGUGUGUUCCGAAGGUCAUCGAGUUUCUAUCUUUUGGUGAAACCAUGGGCGCCCUUCUCACCGCUUUCUCAUUGCUUGGAGCAAGUUCAACACUACUGGUGUUGUGUGUCUUCUAUCGAUUUCAUCACACACCUCUCGUUAAAGCCAGUAACUCUGAGUUGAGCUUCCUUCUGCUCUUCUCCUUGACUCUGUGUUUCCUGUGUCCUUUGACCUUCAUAGGCCGCCCAACUGAGUGGUCCUGCAUGCUGCGACACACAGCUUUUGGCAUCACCUUUGCUUUGUGUAUAUCUUGUAUCUUGGCUAAAACUUUAGCAGUUGUAAUUGCCUUCAAGGCCAAAAGUCCAGCAAACACAGUUAUUCAGUGUUCUGCUCCACUCCAGAAAAUAACUGUUCUCAGCUGUACUUUACUUCAGGUGUUAGUUUGUGUGCUGUGGUUACUUCUUGCACCGCCAUUCCCCUCCAAAAAUACAGCGUAUGCCACUGAAAGGAUAAUUCUACAGUGUAAUUUAGGUUCAGCUAUAGGCUUCUGGGCUGUGCUGGGGUACAUAGGACUCCUGGCUAUGCUGUGCUUUAUCCUUGCUUUUCUGGCUCGGAAGGUGCCAGAUAAUUUCAAUGAAGCCAAGCUCAUUACCUUCAGCAUGCUGAUUUUCUGUGCAGUCUGGGUAACUUUUAUUCCCGCAUAUGUCAGUUCUCCCGGGAAGUUCACUGUAGCUGUAGAGAUAUUUGCUAUGCUUGGCUCUAGCUUUGGGUUGCUCAUUUGUAAAUUUGCUCCAAAAUGUUAUAUUUUAUUGCUUAAACCAGAAAGAAAUACAAAAAAACAUAUGAUGGGGAGAAACCAGUGAAAAUC